AUCUCAUGUCUCCUCAUUUGAUGUGAUCCUUUUAAUUUUCUCUCCUCUCCAAAUUCUCUUCUCUUCUCUCUUCUUCUUCCUCCUCCUCCUCCUCCUCCUCCUUCUUCUUCUUCUUCUUCUUCUAAUCGCAGACUUCAUGUGUCGAAGAUCAUGUCAACCAACAAGGGAAAAGACAUAGUAGAAGGCUCCUCUUCAAGAUCAAUAUCUUCUGACCAGCAGCAACAACAAAACCCACCUCCACUUAGCCGCUACGAGUCACAAAAGAGGCGAGACUGGAACACUUUUGGUCAAUACUUGAGGAACCAGAGACCACCGGUUGCUUUGGCUCAGUGUAGCUCUAACCACGUGCUUGAUUUUCUAAGGUACUUGGAUCAAUUUGGUAAGACCAAGGUGCACUUAAAUGGGUGUGUCUUCUUUGGCCAACCCGAGCCACCUGGUCCUUGUACUUGCCCUCUAAAACAAGCCUGGGGCAGCCUUGAUGCACUCAUCGGCCGACUCAGAGCUGCUUAUGAAGAAAAUGGUGGGUUACCGGAGACAAACCCAUUUGCCAGUGGUGCUAUUAGAAUCUAUUUACGUGAAGUGAGAGAUUUACAAGCGAAGGCAAGAGGAAUCCCUUAUAAGAAGAAGAAGAAGAAGAGGAAUCCAAUGAAAGCCAAUGAUGAUAGCAGUACCUCUACCUUUCCCAUCCAGUAAUCCUUCAUUAAUUUCCUCUAAAAUGGAUGUUAAUUAAAUAAAGUCUUGAAAUGGAUGAGGAAGUUCUUGAAGAGCUCUCCGAUCUUCCUUGUUGGAAAUCAAACUCUUCGUUUCGAUAUCAUGGAGUUUCGUUGAUCAUUUUUAGGCGAUAGUUGAUGAAGCACUUUAUUUAUUGUUUGAAUGAGAAUUAAAACGUCAAGUUGGUGAAGAGGGUAAGUUGUUUUUCUUCCCUACUCCUCCUUAUGAUAUAUUUCCCUAGUAUAUAAUUAAGGGUAGUAAUUAUUGAUUAGUACAUAAUUAUCCACUUAUAGCCAAGAUGUCAACAAGUACUAUAUAUUCUUAUUAUAUGAAUGUGAGAUAUCUAUA